AUGGCCCGGCAGAUGCUCCUCCAAGUUUUCACGCUGGUCCUUCUGCUCCUGCCCUUGCUGCACUGCAAAAACCUGCUUUGCUUCUUCAUGCCCGUCCUGGAGAUACAGAAGGAGAAGAACAUUGAAUACACUGUGACGGAGUGUCUCCCCAAAGAGGUCUGCUUCAUAGGCCUGGGUCGCUAUGGCAACCACACAGCCCUGUCAUCCAGGGGCUGCGUGCCGAAGGAGCGCUGCAGUGGUCAGGUCAACGUCCGCCUCAAAGGGACGGUCCACAAGAUGACGUACAGCUGCUGUGACUGGCAGUUCUGUAACUCGUGUUCUGCUCUCAGACCUUCCUGUAUCGCUCUAACUUUACUGGUCAUCGCUGUAAUGGUCUGUGGUUUGUGA